AACCACGAAGCAAAACAGGAAGUGUGCGCUGGCGGGAAAUUCGUUACAUAGUAUGAAAGCGUUACCAAAGAUACUUAACUUAGCUUGACUUUGCUUUUUUCCAGAUUAGUUCACUAAAAUUAAUUGGACUUCCAAUAUCAAAUUUUACAAAACGAUCGACAAGCAAGGGUAAAUGUUUAAUUUGUGCACUUAGUUUAUCAAAUUUAACAUUUAACUACAGUAACAACAAGCUUGCUGAGGUUGACAACAAACGGGGAUUUCUUGCUAUCUACGUUGACCAGCCACUCAGGUUGAUCAUGAGGGCUGAAAUGAAUAAAAUCGUCACACUGUCAGAUGGAGACAGUACCGACGAACUUCAGAAGUACCUGUCCUCCCUUCCAAAUGACCAGCUGAUCACUGUGAUUACCACCGGCGCACUAAAUGGUAAGAAGGUCGGUGCCAUGAUUAAAGGCAUAUUUAAAGGCUCUCCACCCAGUUCCACUGAAGGGUCAAACCGCACACUUCUUGUUUAUCAACACUGCAUCCCUCUGUGCGAGUCCGGGGAUCUUCAGGCUGAUGUGGCUGCUGAUAUCAUUGGACUGCUGAUGCUGGAGACUCAUACACUGCCUGGACCCUCUCUUGCACAACUGGCGUCUCUUUUUGUUGAAGCCAUCAAGGUGGGAAAAAUGGGCAGUGGGAAAUCCCUGGAGCUAUUUCCUACUGUGCUUACUGCCCUUUCAGCCUGUGAAGCUUUGUCUUAUGGCAAAGGGGAACUCAGUGGUGACGAAUACAAGAAACAGCUGAUCAACAGCCUCUGCUCCAGCAGAUGGGACCCGCAAUGUGUUAUCCACCUAACAACCAUGUUCAGGGAUGUGCCCCUGUCAUCAGAGGAGCUGCGGUUUUUGGUGGAUAAAGUACUGAGGAUGUUCACCAAACUGGAUCUGCAGGAGAUCCCACCACUGGUUUAUCAGCUGCUGCUUUUAUCUGCAAAGGGUUGUAAGAAACAGGUCCUGGAUGGAAUCAUCAGUUAUUUUAAGGAGCAAGAUGUUCGCCAGGAAGAAGAGCACAAACACGGAGAGAGCCUGGAUCUAGAGGUUCAGUCCAUCCCACAGGACCAGUUAAGACAUGUGGAGGGCACCGCUAUCCUCCACAUAGUCUUUGCUAUACGACUCGACCAUGAACUCGGGAGAGAAUUCCUUAAAAGUUUUAAGACAUCUUAUGGGGACCUGUGCCCUUUCAGUGUCGCCCUGUUGCUCUCCGUGGCACGCAUCCAGCGUUAUGAAGAGCAGGUGUUUGACCUAUUGAAGGGGGCAAUCGUCAAGAGCUUCAAGGAUGAGCAGCUGCAGCAGGGCUCAAAGUUCCUGCAGGACCUCCUGCCUGGGCACUGCAGUGUGGCUCAGAUGAUACUGGACACAGUCAAAAACAGUGUGUUCGGUUGGGAUCAUGUGACCCAGGGGCUGGUGCAGCUGGGCUUCUUCCUUAUGGAUACAUUUGGACCCAAACCUGGACCAUUUGGCAAGACCACAGAAGGGUCUUCUACCAUAGCCCGGACCCCAGCUCAGCAGGCCUCUAAGCUGGGAGGACAGGUGCUCUUGCAGGGCUUUAAGAUGCAUGAGCCUAUCAGAGGCGAGAUACUGGAGCAGGUGUUGAAUCGAUUGGUCACAAAGACAGCUUCACCUGUCAAUCAUUACUUAGACCUUUUCUCUGACAUUGUGGUCUCUGCUCCCAUGAUCCUCCUGGAGUCAUCGUCCAAGGUGACAGAGACAUUUGACCACCUGUCAUUCCUGCCCUUGGCCACUGUUCAGGGUCUACUAAAAGCUGUCCAGCCCCUGCUCAAAGUCAGUAUGUCCUUGAAAGAUGCUUUGAUUCUAGUUCUCCGCAAAGCUAUGUUUUCCAGCCAACUGGACGGCAGGAAGUCUGCAGUGACUGGCUUCUUGUUGCUGCUGAAGAACUUCAAAGUGUUGGGCAGCUUGGCGUCGAGCCAGUGUAGCCAGGCAAUCUCCUCUAGCCAGAUCCAAGUGGAUGUUCAUUCUCGUUACAACUCUGCUGCCAAUGAAGCGUUCUGUCUGGAGAUCCUCAGCAGCCUACGUCGCUGCCUCGGCCAGCAGGCAGAUGUGCGCCUCAUGCUCUAUGAGGGUUUCUAUGAUGUUCUCCGUCGCAACUCUCAACUUGCAAGCUCCAUCAUGCAGACCCUCUUCUCACAGCUGAAGCGGUGCUACGAGCCUGAACAAGACCUCCUGCCCCCGGUGAAACUGGAACCGUGCAUCACAGCUCUGGGAGACCAAGUCUACCUCCAGGACCCACUGGCCCAUCUGGUGAGCUGUACUGUGCAUUGCCUGCUGUGGCUGCAGAACAUGCGGCGAUCAGCCAACCCCAAUGCUGACGACAGUGAUGAGGAGGAGGAGGGAUACCAGUCUGAACUACAGACAAUCCUAGAGAGCAUGACAAGACGCAUGAUCAAGAGUGAACUGGAGGACUUUGAACUGGACAAGUCAGCUGAGUUUUCCAUGGGAUCCAGUGUUGGGGUGAAGAAUAAUAUCUAUGCUGUGCUGGUGAUGGGAGUGUAUGAGGUCCUAAUGGAGUACAACUUCAUCAAAGCCAACUACAGUAAAAGCCGCUUCGAGGAGCUCAUGGAGCUGUUCAGCCGCUACCAAAAGCUGUCUGAGAUCCUGAAGGAGAAAUCCGGAAAGGGUCGAGCACCCUCACACAAGAUCCCCCGCAGUUUACUCUCUUUGGGCUUCAUAUCAACUCUCCUCAUUGUGCUCUUCAGAGACAGUACUCAGAGCAGAGAGGAGGCUCUCUCAGUGCUUCGCUCAAGUGGAGAAUUUGUGCGUUAUGCAGUAAGUGUGGCUGUACAGAAGAUCCAGCAGCUGGAGGAAACUGGACACACAGAUGGCCCAGAUGGACAGAACACAGACAGAACUUUCCGCUUCCUCUGUGACAUGACAAGUGUGCUGAUGUGGCGUUACACCAACAUCCCUAGCGUCGUGGAGGACACAGGGAGGAAGGAGAAGCGCUCCAGCCUGUCCCAGCUGUGUCUGGAAGGUCUGCUCAGGAUCUUCACAACCUGCCAGCAGCGCUAUCCAGACAGGAUGGCCCAGCUCCUCUCCACCAUUGACAUAUCAGAGGACAAUGCCGAGCCAGACGAUGGCAGUGUUACAGAGAUGAACUUAUACAUCCAACAGUUUCAGAGGGCACUGUUCACACAGUUAAGUGGAGGUGAGGAAGAAUUUAACAGCAAAGAGGCUCAGCUGCUGGUCAGCAUCUUGAGUGUGCUCUCACGCCAGCUAAAGCCCUCCUCCCAACAGUUUGUUCAGAUGAUCACAUGGGUUGUGAAAAUCUGCAAGAAGACCAGUUUUGAGGAUUCUGCUUUCUCCAAGGGCCUGCUCUCUCUUCUCUUCAACCUGCAUGUUCUCUAUAAGAGUCCUGUAAGCCUGUUGCUGGAGCUCUGCCAAGACAUCCACAGCCAACUGGGAGAUAUCGAUCAGGAUGUGGAAGUGGAAAAACAGUCACACUUUGCCAUUGUCAACAUGAAGACUGCAACAACAGCAGCACUACUGGUCCUGUCUCAGGUCGACAGAGUGCUUGAUGAAGUGGACUGGCUGAUUGCUAGAAAGAAAAGCCAGGCAUCCUCUGACAAAUCUGGCUCUGUUGAGGCCACCGAGACUGCGGGCCAGCAGGAUCCAAUAGAGAAAGCGGUGACGCUGCAGCUUGGGACUCUUUUGACGGCAUUAAAUGAGCUGGUCCAGACGGCUCUGCUGCCUGGCACCUGCACCAUUACACUGCUGAGAGAACUGACUCGCACAUACACCAUCCUCACCACCCUGGUCAAAUAUUACAUCCAGGUGUGUGCCAGCCAGCACGGUGCACUGCCAGCACGCUUUGAGAAGCUGGUCAAACUGUCUGGCUCCCACCUAACACCGCAGUGCUACUCUUUCAUCACAUACGCACAGAGUGGAGAAUUUAGUGGUGGAGGUGCAGAUGACAAGAAGAAAAAGAAAAGGAAUGAAGUGAACAUUGCUGCAUCUUCCAAACUUCUGCGUGAGACAAAGGCCAUCCCUAACUUGAUCUUCAGCAUUGAGCAGUAUGAGAAAUACCUCAUCACACUCUCAAAGAAAUCAAAGGUAAAUCUGAUGCAGUACAUGAAGCUGAGCACCUCAAGAGAUUUCCGUAUCAACCUUGCUACUCUGGACGCAGCCUUGCAGGAGCAGGGCGACAGUCAGGAGACCACAGAGUCACAGGACGCAGAGGAGACACAUGAACCCAAACAGAAGAAGAGAAAACAGUGAGCUAAGACUCCUGUGUGUGUGUGUGUCUGUGUGUGAGAGAGAUACACACAUCUCCAAAUUCCUCACUGAUCUUCAACUUUGACCAGCUGCUGAAUGGCCUCGUGGCAGAGGUGUGUUUGAACUGCUGUUCUGAAUAACAGUAGCUUGACCCACAAAGUGCUAUCUUCAUUUGUCCAGAGAGCCUUUAGUGAUGUCGAUGAUUUGGUAGAUGUCCAAGGCCUCACCUGUGGAAAGUUUGCACACAUUGUUCAACAAUCUGAUUGUGUUCCUAUAGUUCACUUUAUUCAAAGAAAUGUGAAUUUGUAUAUGACAUGUAUUUCUAAACACCGUUUAUGAUGAUAUGAUAUGAUAUGAUAUGAUGAUUGUGUCUUGCAUGGAAUUUUAGCCUUGCAGGAGUAAAAAUGUUGAUAGUUUGUGUGCACAAAUUUGUAAUUAAUUCCCUGACAUUAAUAAUUUCAUUGUACAUUAUUUCAAUUCUCCUUUUUAUUCUUCUCUGGCCAGGUCACAGAAGGCUGUGUAAUGCAGUGCAAAUAAACUGAAAGGUCACUGACAAUGUAAAA